AUGCCCACCCUCGACCCCGCAUCCACCAACUUCUUAACCCCUUCAGCCCCACCUCACUCCAGACCAACUUCAAUAAUCUCAACCCAUUCGGUGCGUUCCUCUUACUCUUCCAUCCGAUCAUGUCGAUCCAUCUUCGACGUAGAAUUCUCCACCGCCAUAGCACAUACAAUGACAAAGGCACAACCUCGAAAAAUGACAUUCGCAGAAAUCCGAAAUCAUCAUUCAAAAGUAACUAUUCCUAUUCGACCUGUUACUUUAUUACCUUCUUUUCUGGAGAAUCCUGAUUCUUCUCCACUGUUAAGUAGUCCAGCACCAAGGGAGAAUCCAGUUCUCUCUUCUACACCAGAAAUUCCAACAGUGUGCCAAGUGGGCGUUGGAAGAGAUGGAUUAAAGGAUAGAAACUCGAGGAGUAUGGAGAGGGAAGAGGGAGAAGUGAUAUCGACGUUAAUAUUGGGAAAUGGGAUCAGAACGGAUAGAAGAAGUAUGAUGGAUCGUGGUCAUCCUCUUAGUCCUAGUCUACUUUCACAUCAAUCAGUCAUUUCACCCAAUCCUGGUCCUCAUCAUUCAGGAUUUUUGAAAAAUCCCACAGUCGGUCUCUCCAUCUUCUCUCCAACUGUGAAACAUUCUUCCAUCGCUGGCGAAACAUCACCUGAAGAAGAAAGUCCCAACCUUCAAGUAGACCCUCUGGUCAAUAAGAAAUGCCUCGAUGUUACUCCAGCUCGAUCACAAUUCAAUCAAGAAGGAAAGCAACAUCUUUUCAAAGAAAACCAUAAUCAAUUAAUAAAGGACGAACUUCCUGCCGAGAAUAAAGUAAUCCCUUCGACGCUCUUAAACCCAUUUACGAACAUACCUUUUCCUCACCCUGAACGUCACUCCUCCGACCCCCUUGCUCCUUUGAGGGAAAUAUGGAGAGAACUUGAAUAUCUGGAUGAAGAUGUUAGGGAGAAGUUAGGAGAGAUCAAAGAUGAUAUUGAGGGUAUGAGGGAGAAACACAAGCUUGCACGUGGUCAUCGCAAACCAUCGAUGAGUGGAGGUGAUCAAACUCUUCUGAUCGGAUGUCAUUGA